AUGUCUAGAAACACUAAGAACAAUGUUCAAUGUUUCUACAAUCUUCGCCAUAAGCCAUCAUCAUUCAUAAAUUUUUGUACAAGUGUGAAUCAAACUCAAUUGAUAAAAGAACCUACACGAGUAACAGAAACGUCAUCUUCCCUUAUUGAUAUUAUCAUGACGUCGAAUGUCAGUUUAGUAGAAAAUCAUGGGGUGGCUUUAUCUCACAUUAGUGAUCACUAUCUAACAUAUGCUUCUUUGAAACUUCAGAUGUUGAAGCCGCCACCUAGUUAUAAAUGUGUGAGAUCCUACAAAAACUACAAACCUGAUAGUUUCCUCGCGGAUUUACAACGAAUACCUUGGUAUGAUAUUUCCAUCAUGGAUGAUGCAAAUGUAAUGCUAGACCAUUUCAAUGAGAGGUUUCUCCAUGUAAUGGAAACGCAUGCACCUGUGAAAACAGUGAGGAUUAAACACCGCAGCUGCCCCUUUAUUAGCACAGAAAUUCGCGAACUUAUGCAAUACAGAAAUAACCUAUUGAAAACGGCUCGAAGUACUAAAUUAACAACAGACUGGGAAAUGUAUCGUAAACUAAGAAAAGAAGUAAAAUCCAAGCCGAGAGAUGCCGAAAGGGAAUAUGUACGGAAAGAACUAGAGCACAGUCACAAUACUAAUUCAAAGUGGAAGAUAAUUAAGAAUUGUAUUCCUCGUAAAGAAAGCACUCAACAAGUCUACACAAAGGAUAUGAAAGAAGUUGCUAUUGAGUUUAAUCAGUUUUUCACCUCAGUUGGUAGGAGAGUAUCCCAAGUUUGCACAUCUUUAAUAGAAUUAUAUAACCUGCCUGCACCUCCAACAAGUGUUUUGCUGGCUGUCGCUGAGUCACAAAAUUUUAGUUUUGUUUCUGUUUCGUGUGGAGAAGUACGAAGGACAGUUAUGGCAUUCCAAUCGAACAAAGCUCCUGGCCAUGACAAAGUACGAAUGUGUACGAUAAAGGAUGCAUUUCCCUGUAUUCUCCCAGUUAUUACUGACAUGAUAAAUCGCUCGUUACAGACUUCAGUCUUUCCAUCAGCCUGGAAAAUGUCAGAAGUAAUACCACUUCUUAAAGAAGGAGAUCACGAAGUGGCAAAUAAAAAUCGACCACUAUCGUUACUACCAGCGACUUCUAAAAUUUGUGAACGAGUAGCUUUAAAUCAACUGACCUCUUAUACGAACAAAAAGAAAGGCCUAAGUAAACAUCAAAGCGGUAAUAAACAACUACAUUCAUGUGAGACUCUUGGCGUGUUUAUGACAGACAAGGUGUUUAAAGCAAUGGACUCAAAAGAACUCACAGUCAUAGUAUUGCUGGAUUUGUCAAAAGCGUUUGACAGUAUAGAUCACCGCAAACUCUUAACAAAGCUAAAAGCAUUAGACCUAAGCCUUGGCGCCGUAGAAUGGUUCAAAAGUUACUUGACCGGAAGGACGCAGCAGGUGAAGAUUGGCUCAGUUGUAUCUGAACCAGGUCAUAUCACUCAUGGUGUACCGCAAGGUUCGAUAUUAGGACCUGCUUUGUUCAAUAUAUAUUUGAAUGAUUUGUCCACCAUCCCGAAUUUCGGUGACUUAGAAUCGUACGUAGAUGAUUCAAAAUUGUAUCUUUCGUUUCUCAUCAAGUAUGUUAAUGAAGUUAUGCGGAAUAUCAAUGAAGACCUGUCAAAAAUCACAGCAUGGUGCUGUCACAAUAGUCUACUAAUUAAUCCAAACAAGACCAAAGUGUUAGUACUAGGAACACACAAAAUGUUGCAACGAUUACCGGAUGACUUUUAUGUGACAUUACUUGAGAAAAGGAUUACUCCCACUAUUUCAGCACGCGAUCUUGGGAUUCAACUUGAUUCUACACUAAGUUUUAAGGAACAUAUAGCAAACACUGUUUCUACUU